GUGUGUGUGUGUGUUUGUUUAUAUUACAUAGUGGGGUCCACAACACGUUAGCACACUCACAUAGUGGGGACCGAAAACAUAGUGGGGACCAAAUCCCCGGUCCCCACAAUGUUUUGCUUUUAAUCGGCUCAGGAGGCGGUGCUGAUAUGACUAGUGCAGUUUUUUUCUUGAUCCCCUCCAUGAACAAAAACCGGAUUUCUGUGUGUGAGUGUGUGGGGCCGCGCUGCUCUACAGCGCCCCUGUAGCCAGGUCGCGGAACUGCACCUCUAUACACACAUGUGACGUAAUAUAUGAAGGUACACAUUUUUUAAACCGCUCAUGCCAAAGUCGCUUAAUUAAACGACAAAAACAACUUUAAACAGUGUCUGUCAACGGGGAAAGUACAUUCUUUCAGUGUUAUAAACUGCGGUGUGGCGGGAGAUUGUGAGACCGCGUGACCUCUCUCAAUUACUGGAACCCGAGGAGCGACGUGAGACGGCCUGUUGAAAUGAAACGGAGAAGAAUAAAACCGUUAAAAGAAGCGGAAGAUCAUGUUCUCCGUUGCAUCGACAAGACCGACGCACUGGAGGCCAAACACAUAAACGAUUAUAAAGGUCGUGGAGUCUUUGCCUUAAUUCCUUUUAUUAAAGGAGAUUUUGUUGUCGAAUAUAGGGGAGAAAUGAUUAGCUUAAUUGAAGCCGAACAAAGAAGAGAGGCCAAUCAAGACACUUUUUUUAUGUUUGACUUCAUCUGGCAGAACAAGAAAUGGAGCAUUGAUGCAACUCAUGAGGAUGGCACCCUUGGCCGCCUUAUAAAUGAUGAUCACAUAAACCCAAAUUGUACAAUGAAAAGGAUUAUCGUUGAGGGAAAACCCUGUUUGUGCCUAUUCGCUGCAAGAGAUAUCAUUCCUGGAGAGGAACUCACAUAUGACUAUGGAGGAAGUCACUGGCCUUGGAGAAAGCCUCCAUGGAAGGAUGAUGAGAACAUGACAGCUAUAGAGAACUGCUCUGAGGAUUCUGUAAUUACUGAAGGCACUUCACGAUUCACAGCUGAGCCUCCAUGCAAGGAUGAUGACAACAUGAAAGCAAUUGAGAACUGCUCUGAUGAUUCUGUAACUACUGAAGGCAUUUCACGAUUCACAGCUGAGGUAUGUGUAUUUAUUAUCUCUGUCUGUGUCCGUCUCUAUCUCUGUGUCAGUCUCUUUAUCUGCCUGUGCCAGUCUCUGUCUCUUUAUCUGUCUUCUUUUGUCUAG